AUGACACCAAAGUCCCCCAGCCUGUCUCUAUCACUCCCAACAGGAACCAAUCCAAUGAUACCAAAGUCCCUCAGCCUGUCUCUAUCACUCCCAACAGGAACCAAACCAAUGACACCAAAGUCCUCCAGCCUGUCUCUAUCACUCCCAACAGGAACCAAACCAAUGACACCAAAGUCCCUCAGCCUGUCUCUAUCACUCCCAACAGGAACCAAUCCAAUGACAACAAAGUCCCUCAGCCUGUCUCUAUCACUCCCAACAGGAACCAAACCAAUGACACCGAAGUCCCUCAGCCUGUCUCUAUCACUCCCAACAGGAACCAAACCAAUGACACCAAAGUCCUCCAGCCUGUCUCUAUCACUCCCAACAGGAACCAAACCAAUGAUACCAAAGUCCCCCAGCCUGUCUCUAUCACUCCCAACAGGAACCAAACCAAUGACACCAAAGUCCUCCAGCCUGUCUCUAUCACUCCCAACAGGAACCAAACCAAUGACACCAAAGUCCUCCAGCCUGUCUCUAUCACUCCCAACAGGAACCAAACCAAAGACACCAAAGUCCUCCAGCCUGUCUCUAUCACUCCCAACAGGAAUCAAACCAAUGACACCAAAGUCCCCCAACCUGUCUCUAUCACUCCCAACAGGAACCAAACCAAUGACAACAAAGUCCCUCAGCCUGUCUUUAUCACUUCCAACAGGAACCAAACCAAUGACAACAAAGUCCCCCAGCCUGUCUCUAUCACUCCCAACAGGAAUCAAACCAAUAACACCAAAGCUUCCCAGCAUGCCACUCUACGACUCCCAACAGGAACCAAACCAAUGA